AUGGACAAAAAGAGGCCCGCGGAUUCAGAGCCUGAUACACCCUCCAAUCUCCCACCUACAAAGCAAUUGCGCCCCGCUGAUGAACCAGAGCCCCGGUCCUCAGCGGAUGCUUCCGGCCCACCAGAUACCCCGGCUCCUCCGUCCUCAAGCAAUGUUCCACGUCAACCCGACGACAAUCACAGUGAACCCACAGAGGAACCAGAUCCCAUCGUCUUCUUCCAGCGCGCUCAAUUGGCGGCCAAAAUUGAAGAGCAAAAUCGUGACCUCUUGUGGUUGAGAGAUAAGGUCAACGAGCUGCAGAAACUUGUUGCCGUUCUUGAUGCAGCGCCUCGCGCCGCCUUAUAUCACAUGCAUGCUGUGAGAGAGGACCUCACAAUCACUCUGGCACGUCUCGGACUCACCGCUGAGUUGGAUCUCUCACAGUGCCCUAUUGCCGCCACCCUUCUUGAUGCCGAAGUUGUCACAAAUGAAUCUUUAGCGGAGAUUCCUGCCGCGUUAAGGGAGCUGUCGGCGCAGCUCAUCCUCGCAUAUGAGGCCAAGAGUUUCAACACUAAUGUCGAACCAGAGCGGAAGCAAGCGAAUGAAGAUUUACAUCGUCGCCUCAGGGAGGUUUCCGAUCAACUUGAACGUUACGCGGAACGAGACAAAACCCACCUGGUUGAAUCUACUACCUUUCGAGAUGAGUCUGAUGACCUCCGCUCGACGUUGUCCAUGCAAAGGAGAAAAAUUGUCGCUCUGGAGCUUCAUAUCCGGGAAAAGCAGGAAAUCCUAACCGCCGCUUUGUCCGCGAAGAAGGAGGAAUCAAGAGUAGCUGAAGGUCCGUAUGGUGCCGUGAAGACAGAGAACAUCAUAAAGGAUGCCACUGACCCAGCGGGCAACCAUGCAACACAGUCUGCAAAUGGCGAACUAAAAGAGGCUGAAGCAGCUGCACGAAAACUCAGCGAGGAUCGCCUCGAAGAGCUCAAAGAGUUGAACGAAAGAGUCAAACGCUUAGCUGUCGACAACGAAACUUUGAAAGCAGACAUCGCCGGCCGUGAGAAUAAUGUCUUGCCCUUCAAAACGAUCUUAGGGACUGCCAUGUACCAAAUAAUGGAAGCAACACUGCAGGAAUUGUACCUGAAGGAACAAACGUCGCAGGCAGAGCGCGACCAACAGAACGAAGACAGAGAAGCGGAAAGAAAGGCUUGGGAAGAGCACCUGGAGGAGACCAAGACAAACCAUGAAAAGAGCAUGGCAGACAUGCGACGGCAAAUGGAAGAUUUGCGGAGAAUAGCUGAUGCCGCGAAGAUCGACAAGGACAAAGUCGUUAUGACUUACGAGGCGCGUAAAAUGGAGGCUGGCAAUGCAGCUUCAGUCAUUUCUGCUGCUGAACGACGGGCUAACGUUAGCGAGGAAAUGAGGAAGAAAGCAACCCAGACCAUCACCGAUAUGAAGGUUGAUGCGGAGAAGCUUCGUACCCAGAUAACUGACCUGCGAAAUGAAUUGAAAGAAAGACGAUCGUCUGGUGACACCAAACUUGUCAUUGAAGGGUUGCAACGUGAUAUAGAAGACGAGCGCGCUAAGUCCACUGGAUUCAUUCAAGAGGUGGAAUCGCUGACGACCAUGUUUUCAGAAGUUGAAAGCGAAAAUGAGAGACUCGUAAAAUUAGUAAUCGAAAAAGAUCAAGUGCUCUCCAAAGUAAUGGCAGAACGAUUGCGCGGCCGUCAGCUGUUAACAACAGUGAAGGAGGAAAAUCGUGCCUUAACAAGUGGGCGAGACAUAGACGCCGACAAAAUCAAAGCGCUUACCGCAGCUGUCACAGCAGCCAAGAAAGCAUCUGCUGAGGCCACAAUUGCAAUGAACAAGAGCAUGGAAGAAUCUCGAACCUUGGCUGCGACACUGGAAAAGAGAAGACGAAUCGCUGAUGAGGCCACGGUUUCCGUCAGGGCUGCGACGGCCGAGAAAGAAGAACUGAAACGAACACUAGAUACGCAACAAGCACGGGUGGAGCAGUUGGUGGCAGAGUACCACGAGGACCAGUUCCAUGCCAAGCGCUUGUCCGAGAAGCUUGUCGAAGCUGAGAAGCGAGUACAAAAAGCUGAAGAAGCACAUCGAGAGAGCAUGGAGAAUGGGCGGGCCUCAGACGUGGAUUCUAUUCGCGACGAGAUUAUCCGGGAACUGCGGAAGAAACUGAAUUGUUCCAUCGUUACCAACCGACCAAAGGAAGUGGUAUUGUUGCGAUGCGGGCAUUUGUUUAGUAGGCAAUGCACGGACAACCUGAUCGCCACGAGAAAUCGAAAGUGUCCGAUAUGUGGAAAGCCGUUUGGUAAUGACGACGUCCGCAGUGUAUUUUUUUAAAACAGAAACUGUAUCGCAAAUUCCAAGAAACAUCAUCGACAUGUAUAACUACCCUCUAUUGUAACUUCCUCGUAUGGGGACCACAAUCAGUAACUGAAUGAGUACCCAGACGCUGGUGCACCGGUCUUUCAGUUCUCAAUAGAGGCACAAUGCUCUGUGAGAUCGACAACCACAAAACAUUGGAAUAUCAUUGUAUUUUCGGUUGAUACAGUAUCACUCGUUCCCUUGGCCGAUGCAAGUCCUUUUCUAAAUACUGUAUCGCAAUGAGCCCUCGGUGUCUGUCCUUUGGUCUGAUGGUUGACCUAUUCACGGAGAGCAAUUGAAGUCCUCCGAAAAGGGAAGGCUAGCGACAACUGCAAAAUUUGCGGCUUCACGUGGCCAAGCGGAGGGCCAACGACAGUGGCGAAUCUUCUGCUAGCUUCUGAAACACGCCUGCAGCGCCAUUUCUCAGCCGAAGUCAAGCUGCAGUUCAUCGAUGGAAAUUGCCAUUGAAGCGUUAGCCGCCUUGUAACCUAGUUACAGUGAACUACCGUCUUCAACUGCUCUUCGUACAGAGAGAGCAUCAGUGAGGAUCAGUGGAGAGAUAGUAUUUACGUAGUGUACGCAGAAGGUAUGAUGUGAUAUGAGGGGUUGGAGUCGCGAGUGCCGCCUUAAUUUCAGAAACACAUGCUUUUGCAAUUGCCGUUGCUAUCAACAAUGUCAACGGGUGGGGAGGCAUGGGAAUACACGGUGUACGCCUGUCGGCGCUUUGCUUUUC